AUGGCAACAACCACGACUCUCACAUCCACGCUUGUCGGCGUAAACGCAACGUCGUUUGAAGCGACCUGUCCAACAUGCGGCCAAUCGCAGGACCACUCUCACCCCGCAGACUUCUCCCGGCGACGGGUCAAGGACCUAGAGGGACAGGUGCAUCUGCUUAAUUCCCAGGCCGUUCAAAUGGCGGAGAAACUGGCCGAAUACGAAGAGGAAAUGCGACGGCUGCGAGCGCAAUCCGCGACAUCGGCACUCGUAUCGAGAACCAACGCCUCCAUCUCCUCUACCUCGUCGGGACCCGACGCGCACUCCCAGUCGCAAUCCCCGCCGCAACAGGGCGGCCGCCUCUCCUCGCUCGCCUCCCUCCUCCCCUACCGCCGCCCAAGCACAGCGAACAGUACCCCGCGAAGCCAGCUGCAGACAUCGCCGCCUCCGCUUUCCUCACAGUCCCAGGCCCCAGGGCUAUCACAGUCCCCUCCGCCCCCGUACCCGCGCACGCCUGAACCCCGCCCGUCGUUCGAGGAAACGCUCGAGCUGCAGAACGCGCUGAACCGCGAACAGAACCUGCGCAAGGCGGCUGAGACGCAGCUCUCGCAGGCGAGUACGGAGUUGGAGGAGUUGACGGCGCAACUCUUUAGCCAGGCCAACGAGAUGGUCGCGCAGGAGCGCAAGGCGAGAGCGCGGCUGGAGGAGCGAGUGGCUGUGCUGGAGAGACGGGAUAUCGAGAAGAGGAAUCGCUUGGAGAGGCUGGAGAAGGCGAUGGAGAGGGUUGAGCGGAUUCGGGCGUUAGUGGGAUGA